GAAGACACGUGACCUACUAAGAGACGUAAACUUCCGGGUUGGAAACUACGAGGUGUGCACGCGCCUCGACGCACGUCGUCUCCUUCCUACAUUUAUCAUUUUUUUACUUUUAAAACUGACUUUUAAUAAUGUCCGAUAUAGACUCUGACGAAUUUGACGAGGAACGCAAUAAACUAGGGGAGUACGAAGGGGACAGAAAUGAAGCUGGAGAGAGACAUGGGAUGGGUAAAGCGGUUCUGCCUAAAGGAGACGUUUAUCAAGGACGAUAUGAACGUGGUAAAAGACACGGCAAGGGCACGUACCGCUUUGUGAACGGGGCGAGAUAUGUGGGCGACUACCACCAGAACAUGAAACACGGACAAGGCAUCUUCUACUACCCGGACGGAUCCAAAUAUGAAGGCUCUUGGGCUGAGGAUUUGCGACAGGGACACGGCGUUUACACGUACUCCAACGGGGACACGUACGUUGGGGAGUGGCUCAGUCACAUGAGGCACGGCGAGGGCACCUAUCGCUACCACGACACCGGCUCGGUCUACACAGGAACGUGGGAGAACGGCAAGAUUGAGUCCGUGGGGGAGUUCAUCCACGCCAAUCACAGAUACAGCAGUAACUUUGUCAACAAUAACCCAUCUGGGCCAGGAAAAUAUGUGUUUGACAUUGGCUGCGAGCAGCACGGUGAAUACCACCAGAUAGAGCAGGACCGGGCGGAGGGCGAGUGGGGCGAGCCGGGCUCCACGACGCUCCUCAAGUGGUUUCCAAAAUGCAUCACAGGCCUUACGUCGCAUGAGGCCGAAGGGGAGGCCGACCCUUCCUCCGAGGUUACGCCCGACGCGUCAGCCGAAGCGUAGCCAACGACCGACCCGCAACCUACCACACGUUGUACGGUAGAACUUCAACAAACAUACGUGAUGUGAAGUACAUUCCACAUUUUCAAAUCCUCGUAGGCCAUGGGGACAAAGAAUAUGGACUUUGGCAUCAAAUUGUACCUAUGUUACAUUUAUACAGAAGCAUCCGAACUAAGUUAUCAUACAAUAUAAACUUUUUUUUGCACUCCUUCGCUGAGUUUGUCAACUUUAUCUCACCCCAAGCAGUGUCAACUUCGCGCUUGUCUGAGAAAUAAGUCUGCUCCUUUCUUCAG